UCUACCGUCGCUUCGGAACGCGAACCUCUCUAAGCGCUUCCUCCCUGUGCUCUUGUUCGUGUUGCCGCUGCGGUCUUUACUCGCUGUGAUGGUGGUGGUCUCUUUCUAAAGCACCCAAACUUGAGCUGGGAAGCUUUAUCUUACAUGAUCAACACAUUUGUUUCUCCCUGGUAGACGUGUCGAGGCUUUCAUUCUGCUUGGCUGGAGGUUUUAAAGCUGUAUCGCAGGUGUAGCCGUCGCUCUGUGUUGAUGGGGCAGUUAGUGGCUUUCCUUCCUUGUUGUGUGCUGCUCUGUGAGGUGCUUAUACGUUUCUGUGAGCCGAUCGAGGCUUCACAUAUUUCCUUUUGCUUUGUCUAAAUGCUGGCUUAUGUCAAAACAAUAGUUGAGAAGGAUGUAUUUCUUUUUUACCAUGCAAUCACUGUAUAUUAUGAUAAAGUACAAGUCAGUAAGUAUUCACUUCUCACUUCAUUUUGCUCUGUUUUGUUGGACAAUGCCUCUGUGUGCACAAUGAGUGUCGAUGUGAAAUGAGACCAUUUCCUCUCAGUGUUUCCCUGUUUGUAAGUUCCACAUACCUACAAACACAUGACUGGGUAAGUGCAGAAGAUUGGAGCUCCAACUACACAUUCUCUGGCAGUCCCACGAUUCUUGUGUUACUGCAAUGUGGGACUCCUUGCACUGUUGAUUCACGUUUCUGGUUAAGUGCCAGUAUUACAGGUCAGAUUGCAAGGAUUUCAAAUCAUAAAUGCGUCGCUGUUGUAUCCCAGAGUUGUCAUUGUUUUAAAUUGAGAAACAUUUUCAGUCCUUUCUGCAGCUUGAACCUGGCAUUUUGCAUCCAGGUUGUGUCGCAAUCUGCUGUAGUUUGAGAGGCAAGCGACGAUUCUUUCCUCUUCAGCUGACGCGGCUAAUCGGAGCAAUUAGGUUAUUGUUGUUACCCCUUCUUCCCACGUCAUUUUAGCUCGUAUCCAGGAUACUGACCUGAAGGGAAUCGCACUGGGUGACUUUCCAUACCUGGCCUUUUCAUAUGCUGAUUCAUUUGCAGCCACUUUGCUCCGUAGGAUCAGUAGAAGCUUCCCUGCAGAUGUUGGCUUGUAAUCAGUCCCGUUGCAAUGUGAGACGCCUCUUAAAGUGAGAUACAUGGGUACUUCUGAAAAGGUAAAAAACAAACAAAAAAAACGUGCUUGUCAGCAGAUCCAACCGGUUUUUAUUUACAUACUAUUUUAGAAAUGUGUGCAAUCAAAGGUGUUUCUCUCCCUGGCAACCUGUUAGAACUUGAGUAUUAUCAGGUGGUUUGGUGUAUCUGCAGUAGUAGGGGAAAGGUCUCCCAGCGCACGUCUCUGCUGAGCUGCUUGCAUGCAGGCGUCAAAUGGCCUUUUAAGUAUUUAUGUCACUGUCUUUCUUACACAUGCCGACCGUAAAUCUUUCCUUUGCUCAUUUUGAUAUUCUGGUUGAGCGUGUAGGACUUCUUUGGUUCCUGGCUUUAAAAGAGGAGGAUUCAAGUCUGAUUUGCUACACUAAGCUCUUCACAUACAUUUCAACCCUUUAUAAACACAUACAAUAAAUAGAAAAUAUUUUUCUCCAUAAGAUCACUUUUCCCACAUUUUUUAUGAUGCUUUGUUUUUGAAGGAGUUUUGAUUUUAAAUCAAACAAACCAUUUUCUGGAUGUCUCUUUUAAAUAGCAUUCUUUAAUAUAAUGAGCUAUAAUCAAAUAUAUUUUACCAUUACUUUAGGGAAUUUGAUCCGUCAGUAAGUACAUGAUUUUAGCUUUGCCAUAUAAAUGUGUUAAUAUGAACCCACGAUUUAAUCUGACUUUCCUCCUCGCAGUGAAGCCGGCCAUUGAGUCAGUUAAUACAGGUCCCAGAUCUCGUUACAUGGUGAUCUGGUAGCUAUUUGCAUUAUUUAAGACGCUUGUCAGGGUCCAGGCUUAGCCGAAGGAGCCUGUUCCAAGAUGAACAUUCCGGUUUGUUGAUUUCUAAUCCAUUGUUUCUGUCUUAGCCUCUUUGCCUGGCGUCUCAUUAAUCCACAUUAACCAGCUUUACAGCAUCAGACCUCACAGAGCUCUCGCAUGUAAGGUGUUUACAGCGUCAGGAAAGCACAAUGACUGAAGAGUCCCAUAGAAGCUCAGCCGCUGAGAUCCCAGUCACCAGCAAUGGAGACCUGGAUCAGAGCCCUGAGGCCACAUUCCAGAGGGACUCUUACCCCAGUGGCCCUAGGGCCCUAAAUCUGUCAGACACCUGUGUCACCUCCAGCAACUUUGCCUCCACAACAGAAGGCAUCAUUGAGUCUGGACCAUACAAAGGGUCAGCAAGCCUGCCCACGUCUCCCGUGACACCUGUAGCUCCCAGCUCGGCUGUCGCUAGCCGCCUGGCGCGCUCUUGCAGCGAUAGUCAGGCCGAGAAAGGCGCCACGAAUGCACCGGCAAACAGUGGAGCGGUGGUCCUUUCAGAUGACUUGAAGAGCCCAGCCAUGGAGAAACUGGACCUAGUGAGGAAGUGGAGCAUCAACACAUAUAAAUGCACCAGGCAGAUCCUGUCGGAGAAGCUGGGUCGGGGCUCGAGGACCGUGGACGUGGAGCUGGAGGCUCAAAUCGAAGUCCUGCGCGACAACAAGAGAAAGUACCAGCAUGUCAUCAAGCUGGCUCAGACUCUGUCCGGUCAGCUGUCCCAGAUUAUGCUGACGCAGAAGCAGCUGGGCGACGCCUUCGCCGACCUCAGCCUCAAGUCACCGCAGCUGCAUGAGGAGUUUGGUUACAACGCUGAGACCCAAAAGCUUUUGUCCAAAAACGGAGAGACACUGCUGAGCGCCAUCAACUUUUUCAUCUCCAGUGUGAACACACUCGUGGACAAAACCAUUGAAGACACCUUGAUUAAUGUCAAACAGUAUGAAUUUGCCAGGGUUGAGUACGACGCGUACCGCACCGACCUGGAGGAGUUGAACCUGGGGCCGCGCGAUGCCGCCACCAUGCCCAAGAUCGAGCUCUCCCAGCAGCAGUUCCAGAUCCACCGCGCCAAGUACGAGAGGAUGCGGAACGACGUCUCCGUCAAGCUGAAGUUCCUGGAGGAGAACAAGGUGAAGGUAUUGCACAAGCAGCUGAUCCUGUUCCACAACGCCAUCGCCGCGUACUACGCCGGAAACCAGCAGCAGCUGGAACAAACACUCAAAGAGUUCCACAUCAAGUUGAAAAUGCCAGGCGGGGACACUCCAUCUUGGCUGGAAGAGCACUAAUCGCUCCGUUUGAGGCAACGCCGUCAGUUUGACAGGGAAAUUCUACAGGACCAACCCCGCCCCCCCCGUCACUGCCUUUCAAACUUUCACUGUUGUUAAUCUUCAGCUCAAUACGCAAAAUGAAAGAAGAAACCCUUUUACUCUUGUUGUUGAAUCAUCGUUUUCAUCUUUCAUUGAUUUGAAAUCCUAGGAAAUGCACUUUUAAACUGUUUGAUGAACCUGUCUGUCAGGAGAGACUGUAAAAGGCCUUUUGCAAUCCAGCACAUGAAUGUCGUGUCUCAGCUCAGUAAGGAGAAAGUGCGGGAUCCAAACGACUGCCAGUUAAACAUAAUUUACAGUACUUUUGCAGUAGGCUUCAGGAGACUCCGACCAGGAACGGGACGAGGAGGCAUUCAGAUGCAAAACGGCCUGCAAACGUAGUUUAACAUUUUGGAAAAUGUGCUUUUUUGCUUUCUCGCUGAGAGUUUAAUACAAGACUACAGUCAGCAGCCGGUUAGCUUAGCUUAGCAUAAAGACAGAAAAGGAUUAGCUGUCAGUGCGACCUGGGUCUCUCUGAACGUGAAAGAAAUUCAGCCUCCCGGCACAUCUUAACCUCGCUAAUACAAACAACCAAAGGGUAAGGAACCGAAGUUAAGACGUAGUUUCACAUGCGCUUAUGUGCACUAGGAGAAGACCAGGCUAACCGUUUCCCUUUGAUUCCAGUCGUUAUGCUAAGCUAAGAUAAACACUUAUCUUUAAAUUAAACGUAUGCAUGGAAACGUUUCUUCUUCUCGUCAAACUCUCCACCUAAAAACGGAUGUGAGUAUUUGCUGAGGUGUAAAACUAUUUAUUGUAAAUGUUUAUAUCAAAUUGAAGUCUGUGACAACACGUCCUUCAAGUUGCGAUAUGAUAAUGCAGACAGGAUGCUGAUUUUAAUCCGUAUUGUUCUUUGUUUGGCAUUUGACUGAAAGUGUUUUCAUUCUAUUCAAUUCCAGAGAAAACAAAGGACCAGCCUUAUGUGACUAAACGUGCCUUGAAUUCGCUCUACUCUUCAAUAUUUGUUCGUUUUAAAGAAAAGGCGCUUUCACUACGAGUUUGCAGGAACAGUUCUCAGCGGGAGAGAGUGGACCAAACACACACACACACACACACACACACACACCGUGUACAACUGUACAUGUUUAAACACUCAACACAACACACAUAUGAAAGGUGUGGUAACAAACACUCCAGAGAGUCACAAAAGGUUUUCGAGACAAUGUUCUCAAAGAUAUUUAUCGUUGCACAUUUAUGCAUUUGAGACUGAUUAAAAAAAAUAUGUGAGGUGAAAACCAAAAUACGAUUAAUGUUUUGUAAACUUGAAUUUGCUAAGUUUGUUUCAUUGGGUGACCUAAACGUAUAUUUUUCAAAGCGGACAUACUCUGUGCUGUUAUCGAUAACCAGCUGGUGAUUUGUACUUUUCUUAUGAAUCACCAUAGCAGUUUGAGAGUGUGAAUCUUGUACAACAAUCUAUUGUGUCCCUGAAAUAGAUGGAUAUAUAUAUAUAUUUGUAAUUCUCUCUAUUUUACCUUGUAGUUUACCACCAAUGCUGCCACUUGGCUUUUGCUUUUGUCUCUUUCCCUACAGAAUGAUGUACUAGUAUGUGCUGGUUGCUCUUCACCUUCUUUUUAAUCACUAAACAUUGACAAAAGACCAGAGAAGGAUCCUCAAUGUUGUGUAAACUCUUUGAGAAGAUUAAAGUUUCUUUUCUUUAUCA